GUUUACUUGUUUGUUUGUUUGUUUUCCAUUUUAUUUCAUUAUUACGUUUAUGUAUACAUCAUAUGCUUGAAUAAAUAGAUAUUUUCAGUGUUAAAAACAAUACAGUUAUAGACAUUGUUUGUUUACUUACUCUCAAGUGUUGGUUUUGUGUGCUCUUCUUUUUAUGCUUACUGUUAAGUGAUCUAUGUAAUUAAGUCGUGCUAAUUUUCGUUCGUUUUUUCUUCUUCUUUGAAUUGCAGAAAUAUUCUUUUCAAUUCAGUUUGUAUCGAUUAAUACUACUGAUAUUAUUACAUUACUAAUAAUAUAUACACAUAGUUCAUAUCUGUAUACUUUUAAAAUGUCAAUUUAUUAUCACUAUUUUAUUCCAUUCUUUCACACUCCGGUUCGAAACCUUUCAGCAUUUUGUGUGUUUAUGUAUUGAACUAUCAGUUACUCAUUGUAAUUUUUAGUUCAGUUUUUUUUUUCUUUUGUACUUGUGGGUUUGUUUUUUUUUGUUUUCUUUCUUCCAUAUUGUGUGAUAUAUUUAACAUUGUUUAUAUACCUACAUAAAAGAAACACUGUGAUAUUGUCUAUGUGAAUACACAUGUACCUCAAUAAUAUCCAUAUGUAAUAUUUAUAGUUUAUGAAUUGUUCUGUAGACUUCUAAAAUAAGUCUUCUGUUCUAAGUGGAUUCUCUCUCUCAAAACAAUACAUUUGAUUGUUAUUAGUAGUGUACAUGUGCUGUGUGUGUGUGUGUGUGUUUAAUCCAUUCAGUCGUAGAGACUUAAGCGUAAAAGAAAAUUGGUAAUAAAAUAAAGGCGUCCGACUUGUAUUCAGUAUUUAAUUCCUUAUCUAUUGUUUUAUGUCAUAGUCAAAAGUGUUGAUUCGAAGUAUUUUUUGAACUGUAUAGGUGAGAAUGCAUAAUUGUUAUAUGAAAUAUUACUUUCAAUUUAUUUUACUUUAAUGUUAACUUCAUAUUCAGUUGAAUACUUUAAAUAGUUGUUUUCAAAUAAUAGUUUUGUGAUGUAAUUCAGAACUUUUUUUUAAAAUUGUUGUUAAAUAGUCAAUCAUAUACUUGUACAGUAACGUAAGGAUUCGCAACUCACGUUUUUAUAAUGAUGAACGAGACGGCGAGACUAUAAUUUAUGGACGAACCAAUUAGAUACAAGGUAACAAGUCACGAAUUUGGGCGCGGAAUUCAUCCAUACAUUUGGCUAAAUAGAGUUUUGGCAUUAUAGCUGAUGUUAAUUCGUGAUGAAAACCCUAAAUCUAAUUUUUAACCCUAACCAUCAACUGUAAAUGAGAAUUCUAACUGCUUUAUAACCCUCAUUUAGUCCUAAUUAGUAGUUGUUCACUCUCAACGUCACUUCAGCGUCGCUCAAAGGCCGUCCAUAAAUUAUAGUCUCACCAACGAGACUGUCUAUGUUUUCUUAUCUUCCCGUAAACUAGUGAUAGAAAUCUAUGCUUCUUUUUUGAAGCUUUAUUAAAAGGGACUUAUGAAGAUUAAUUUACAUCCAAAUUAAUAUAAUUACAUGCUGAUUGAAUUCAAUGAUUAUCAUUUAUAGAAUUCAUCAAACUGAGAAAUAGUCACUUGAAAAUAAAAUUAUAGUGAAUGAUCAACGCUGAUUGUUAACUGAACAAAAAUCAUCUUAGAUCAAUAUGCAAAUUUUAAGGUUUAUUUUCUUCCUCAUACAUUGUGUAUUUGGGGGUUUCACAUUCUUAACAUGAUAUAAUCUGGUUUGAAAAUUUGUUAGGAAGCGUUUGUGGUUACUUUUAUGGUUUUAAGGGUUAUAUGCAGUGUACUUAUAAUUAUCUUAUAGAUUAAGAGCGGUUUAACGGAAUUUGGCGUGUCCUAAAUCUUAUACAAAUCAGAUAAGUAAAAGCACUUCAGUUAGCAAUUUACAUAUCACUGUCUUUACAUUCUGUAUUAUUGAUAUAUAUGAGUGAUCUAUAUAACUGCUAUGUAAGUGAAAAAUUCUGAGCGGUGACUAAGGAACGUUAAUUGGUAAACAUAAUGAACAACAUACAGAUUAUUGGUUUGUCGUUCAAACUUACACAAGGAUAUACAGGCUAGGACCUUAACUAAGUGUAUAAUUGACUUCAUCCAAUUACGCUACUUAUCACCUUUAAUCCUCUGUUUGGUUUUGGGAUGGUAUGUGAGGACAGUCACGUUAUUUUUCUAAGUUCGCUCAACCUAUCAUUACACUAAAAUAAUUAGUCAUUGCAUCCAAAAGCUAGUCUUCAAGAGUACUCUUCUGCAACUGUGUGUGACUAACUAACUUGGUAUAUUGCUGCUGAAGAGAAAAACAGACUCGGUGCAUUAUUACUUCUGAAUUCAAUCACUUAAAAGCUAGCUCCGUUUCUACUUGUCCAUUCCGAAAACAGUUGAUUAUCUAUUCCUGAUUGUUAAUAUCGUUCGUGGGAAAUGAUUACAACUGAACAGUUACCAUCAUCUUGUUUAGUCUUUAAUUCUAAAAACUCAAUUCAAUCUGUCGUGGUUUGGAUUAUCUCAUUUUUACUAUUCUUGACUGAAUUUUAUCUAGCCUUGGUUGGCAUGUGUGCAUCCUGUGAGUAUCUCAUCGACAUAGUUCUUACGUCACAAGAUUUUAUAAAACAUGUAGGAUGUGGCUAACACUGAAAUCCAGUACUCUUGUUCUGUCUUAUUCGUGACUCGCGAGCUAGAUGUGUCUGCGUCCCAGUCUUGAUGUUUACACCAAACUAAGUAGACCACGCCAUGGGCGUUUAAAGAAAAAGAUGUUGGGUCCGAGUUCCCUUUUGGGCAUCACCACAGACACAUUCAGUUUACGAGUCCCGAAUAGGUGGAUGUGUGUAUCCUGAAUUGCCUCUGUAAGUUCUGUGUUUUCUGAGAAACGGGUUGAUAAAACCAGUGGUUUUUUGAAAAUAAUAUUCUUUAUUUUAUUAUCAUAUAGCGACUCACGUGCAAUUGAGUUUAGUUCAGUCAAGGUCUUUUGUUGACCUAUUUAAUGGACAAAGUCAUCCAUGAUAUAACAACUUGUUGUACUAUCUUUAUUAUUAUGCUUGUAUGAAAUACAUAUGCUUGAACAUUGUUUAGCGCCUACGCAUGUAUUCAUUCGGCUAGCUUCAUUAUUAACUGCUUAUUCUAUUCGCUGACUCAUCCAUUUUCCUAUACAUAUAUAUAUGUGUACAUUUGCACCCAUUCACUACUACUACAACUACUACUACUACUACUUGCUACUGCUACAAUCGUAGUUCGCUUGCUCAUUCAUUUUGCCUCUCUGCUGUCUGGUCCGAAUUAUCUACUAAAUAAACUGUAGUAGCUGCUUCUUUUUGCCUUCUGAUUUCAAACAUCGUUGAAGAUUAUACGAUAACGGUUCGAGGGUGAUUAAUUAUCGAAGCACAGCCACUACAGAAUUGGUAAUCCCGACGUGAGAACGGGAAGCGAAUUUUGGCGAAAUAAUCAAAUUCCAAAAAUCCGACUACCUUCAUCUCAAUUUGGAUUAUCAAAUGAACUAUAAUUACAACUGUGGAUUUAUAUUAUUAUUCUAAUUACACUUACAUUAUUUCGCAAACAUUAUUAAACGUGACGAUUAUAAUCAUAAUAAAUAACAAUUAUCCAUAAACAAUUGAUAUAUUGGUGCAAUUUAGUAAGUCUGUUCCAUUUUAUAAAUUGUGCCAUUUUUUUAUUAUCAUUGUUUUUGCCCGUCUAUUCUUCCUUGUGACUGUUAAAUUAUUUUCGUGUGCUACUUAAUUUUUAUAAGCAUGUCUUAUGAAAACACAGUUUCAAGCGUACAGCAAGCCUCGUCCGUGAGGUCUCUUAACCUCCCUGCCCCUUCUUUUAAAAUCACAGACCCAAAACUUUGGUUUAUAAGACUUGAAAAUUAUUUUCUCGCUAACCGCAUUCUUUUGCAAAAGGAUAAGUUCGGCCUGACAAGCACACUACUCCCAGACGAAGUAGCUGACAGCGUUCGAGAGGCACUAGCAAAACCAGACACAGAAAAACCAUACGACGUGCUAAAAGAGGCAGUAAUUAAAACUCUCUCUCUCAGUGACCAACAAGCCGUCGAACAACUCCUUAAUCAAGUACAAAUUGGAGAUAGAACCCCAUCACAGCUAAAAAAUUAUAUGAAAAGUCUACUUGGCGAUAGACACAUUGACAAUAAUCUCUUUUAUCAACUGUGGCUCCGCCGACUCCCGGCAAAUAUACAGCAGAUCCUAGCUGUGGGAGAUACGGAUGCUGAUUUAGACAAUAUAGCAAAGAUAGCCGAUAGAAUAUACGAAAGAAGCAAGCAAACAAGCCCUCUACUACACAACGUGACGGUAGACGAUAGACUUGAUACUCUACAGAAGGAAAUAAAUGUUUUAUGCCGCAAACUCACAGAAUUAACGCAGAGAGAAAAGCCUCGAAGGUCAUCGCGAGAUCGCUCGCGUGAAAGGACCCGGUCAACUUCUAGACGACGCACAACUCCCGCGAUAUGUUGGUAUCAUCAAAUGUUCGGCUACAGGGCUAGAAAGUGCCUACAACCUUGUGAAUUUAACAGGGCUGGUAACCGAUACCCACGAGUAUCAAUGGCAACGGCAUCAACGCAUAUAAUGCCUGAAAAUAGUCGCCUCUUUUAUAUACAAGACCGAACCACUGGCGCACAAUUCUUAGUUGACACUGGAGCGGAAAUUAGCGUAGUACCUCCAUUUAACGAGGAAAGAAAAAACAUUAAUCCGUCAUUAGUGCUAAGAGCAGCAAACAAAUCAGAUAUUAAGACAUAUGGUAAACGGAAAUUGUCCCUAGAUUUUGGACGUGGCGCUUCAUACCGCUGGAACUUUGUCAUAGCAGACGUAUCGAUGCCCAUAAUAGGCAUAGAUUUCUUAUGUAACUUUGACCUGCUAGUAGACUCUAGACGACACAGACUUAUAAACGGCAGUCAAACCACUUCGAUAAGAGGAAUACUUACGGAAGCCGUUUCAAUGAACCUCGUGAUAGAUAAAAGUCGUGGUGAUCCAUAUAAAUUGUUGUUAAGGGAGUUCCCUGAACUCGUAAAAGUAACAUACAAUAAAGCGGAUCUCAAACAUUCUAUUCAGCAUCACAUCGUAACGAAUGGUCCACCAAUCAAUGCAAGACCAAGAAGGUUAGAUCCCAAAAGACUAGCCAUCGCAAAACAGGAAUUCGACAAGCUAAUGAGGCUAGGCAUUAUAAGGCCAUCGAGCAGCCCGUGGGCAUCCCCGCUACAUAUGGCCCCGAAAAAGAAUGGAGAGGUUAGGCCAUGUGGAGAUUACAGAGCACUGAACAAACAAACAGUAGCUGACAGAUACCCUAUACCGCACAUUCAUGAUUUCACCUACAGUAUUGAGGGCACUACUAUCUUCUCGAAGAUCGACUUAGUCAGAGCAUACUACCACAUUCCUGUUGCCCCUCAAGACAUACCGAAGACAGCAGUAACAACCCCAUUUGGGCUAUAUGAAUUCCUGCGUAUGCCUUUUGGACUGACUAACGCGGCACAAACCUUUCAACGAUUUAUCGACCAGGUCAUUAGAGGUUUACCUGGAGUAUACGCGUAUAUCGACGACUUAUUAGUAGCUAGCACCACUAAAGAUGAGCAUAUACAACAACUACGGCAAUUAUUUAUGCGACUCAGAGAACAUGGUAUUUCUAUAAAUAUUGAGAAGUGUGAAUUCGGAAAGGAAUCUUUACAGUUCCUAGGUCACAAUAUAACUUCUCAAGGCAUCACACCAAUAGCAACAGAAGUCGACGCCAUUAGGAAUUAUCCCCUACCCGACUCAUGGAAAAAGUUACGCCGAUUUCUCGGGUUAAUAAAUUAUUACAGACGAUUUAUCCCGAAUUGUGCGUCAAUAUUGCAACCACUAACAGAUGCAUUACGCGGAAACGCACGGACAUUCCAAUUAUCACCAGACGCAAUUCAAGCAUUCGAGAACGCUAAAAAAGCACUAAAUAAAGAAGUGACACUAACUAGACGAAAGAGCGAAACACCGUUAGCUAUCAUGACGGAUGCAUCAGACGUAGCGGUAGGAGCCGUUUUACAACAAUUAGUAAAUGGCAUAUGGGAACCGCUCUCAUUUUUUUCGAAAAGACUGAAUCCGACACAAACAAGAUAUAGUACUUUCGGAAGAGAACUCCUAGCGAUUUACUUGGCAAUAAAACAUUUCCGACAUAUGAUUGAGGGUACCAUUUUCACAGUAUAUACAGACCAUAAACCCCUCACAAAAGCAUUGAACGCCAAACAGGACAACUACUCGCCGAGGGAAAUCCGACAAUUAGAAUUUAUUUCCCAAUUCACGUCCAACAUACAGUAUAUCAAAGGUAACAGUAACGAAGUGGCAGACGCGUUAUCCAGAACGAUGGUCAACGCUCUCAUCCAGUCUGAAAUCGAUUAUCACAAGUUAGCAGCACUACAAAAUAUCGACGUCGAGUUAAACAGACUAAAGUCUGCCAAUACAACCUCGUUAGUUCUCAAAGAAACUCCAUUGGAAGAAGUAAGCAUCACCUGCGAUAUUUCUACAGGUCAACCAAGACCAUUUAUUCCAAAGCCGCUAAGGCGAAACAUUUUCGAAGCCAUGCAUAAUAUUUCGCAUCCCGGAAUAAAGGCCACCAUCAAACUAAUUAGCGAACGUUUCGUAUGGCCAAGUAUGAAUCGGGAUAUUCGUAAUUGGACGCAAGCGUGUAUAAAAUGCCAGAGAGUUAAGAUACAUCGCCACACCAGUUCCGCAGUAGGUCAUUUCCGUCAUCCCGAUAACAGAUUCGAGCACGUACAUAUCGAUAUUAUAGGACCACUGCCGGUUUCGAAUGGUUUCAGUUACAUUUUCACUUGCAUUGAUAGAUUCACACGAUGGCCUGUAGCGGUGCCCAUAAAAGAUAUUACAGCCGAAACUAUCGCAAAAACCCUAGUAGAGCAUUGGAUUUCCCAUUAUGGCGUACCUACUAAUAUUACAACCGAUAGAGGAGCUCAAUUCGAGAGCCGCCUCUUCCAACAACUCACAGAACUACUCGGAAUCAAACGAAUUCGCACAACAUCCUACCAUCCGAUGUCGAAUGGUAUGGUAGAGAGAUUGCAUCGGCAACUUAAAGCUUCUCUUACAGCUGUCAUCAGCAAUAAUGAUUGGGCCAGCAAGCUACCGUUAGUCAUGUUGAGCUUAAGAUCAACAAUCAAACAAGAUAUAGAAUGCUGCCCAGCAGAAUUGGUUUAUGGAACCACACUACGUCUGCCAGGAGAGUUUUUCACUGCAGGUAAAAGCGUUUCAACUGAUAUAGCGGACUAUGUACAGCGUCUUAAGCAGCAUAUGAGUAGUCUAAGGAUAACGCUUCCAAGACAACAUCAACGCCGUGUCUACAUACCCAAACAACUAAGUGACAGUACCCAUGUGUUUAUAAGAAGGGAUAAUGUGCAACGUCCCUUACAACCCGCCUACGAUGGUCCAUUUAAGGUGAUUAAAAGAGACGACAAAACUAUUACGGUAGACAAAGCUGGAAAAACGGAUGUAAUUAGCAUCGACCGAGUCAAACCAGCUUUCAUCGAAGCCUACGACCAGCCAGUACAUACAGAUACUGCGAAAACCGUUGAAUCAUCGAAGCGUCAGUUCCAAUCAUCAACGACAUCGACGAACACAAACAAAGAGAAUCCAGUAACCACAAAGUCUGGUCGAAGAGUAAGAUGGCCCCAACGUUAUGUCGCUGCAAUCUUCUAUUAAUAAUCUUCUACUAUCUUAAAUAUUAAUUAUAACUUCCACUUCAUUGUAUACACAUGCAUUACUAAUUUCAUGUUAUACGCUAUAAAACUCUUAUGUACCCCUACACUUACACAUAUAAUUUUUAUUUAAAAUGUAAAGCAAUACCGCAUUCCUUCUAUUUAUUGCUAUUAUAACCUCACGGACGGGCACAAACCAAAUGUACAGCACACACUAACUUCAUCUUAAUUUUGUACAAACCAUUUUGUUUCAAACGAUUGUAACUACCCUACUCAGUUUACUAUUUUUUUGUGCAAACACAGACAUUUUUCCAUAUAUCUUUGUUUGCAGGGGGGAGCUAUUAUAGCGACUCACGUGCAAUUGAGUUUAGUUCAGUCAAGGUCUUUUGUUGACCUAUUUAAUGGACAAAGUCAUCCAUGAUAUAACAACUUGUUGUACUAUCUUUAUUAUUAUGCUUGUAUGAAAUACAUAUGCUUGAACAUUGUUUAGCGCCUACGCAUGUAUUCAUUCUGCUAGCUUCAUUAUUAACUGCUUAAUCUAUUCGCUGACUCAUCCAUUUUCCUAUACAUAUAUAUAUGUGUACAUUUGCACCCAUCUACUACUACAACUACAACUACAACUACUACUUGCUACUGCUACGAUCGUAGUUCGCUUGCUCAUUCAUUUUGCCUCUCUGCUGUCUGGUCCGAAUCAUCUACUAAAUAAACUGUAGUAGCUGCUUC